CUAUUGGUGUUGCUGUUGCAGCUCAGGUUGAUUUAGAAUGGAUGACAGUGGCCUGGCGCAGGCCCAUGACUGAGGAAAGCUGCUUAUCCCUCUCUGGGUUGCCAUGGAGAUGAGCAGGAGGCAGCAGUGGCGGAGAGGCUGUCAGUGAGGGAAAUCAGUAUCAGGCAUCUGUGGGGGUCUGCAGGAGGGGAAGGAGGCAGGAUCAGGGACACGGCAGGCAGCAGACAUGGACUUGCAUUGCGAUUGUGCCGAGACUCCGGCAGUCGAGCCACCGUCCGGGAAGAUUAAUAAAACUGCUUUCAAAUUAUUUAAGAGGAAGAAAUCGGGGGGCACCAUGCCCAGCAUAUUUGGGGUGAAAAGCAAAGGCGGGGAUGGGAAAGGCUCGAGUAAAGCUGGGAUGGUGAGGAGCAAGACUCACGAUGGAUUAGCUGAUGUUGUGCUGGAAAGCAGCAAGACGGAGGAAUCGAGCGGCGGAGGUGGCGGUGGUGUUGAUCAACUGAAUCGGGAUAUAAACACCAGGGCUGUAGCCGGCCUCAAUGUUUCAUCAAACAGCUCUGUGGCUAAGUCACACAGUUUUUUCUCUCUAUUGAAGAAGAAUGGGAAAUCAGAAAAUGGCAAGGGAGAGAAUGCAGAUCAGAGGGCGGGCAGCAGACAAAAGAAAGGAUUGAAAGGGAUCUUCAGCAGUAUGCGGUGGCAUAAAAAGGAUAAAAAUGGCAAGGACGAAAGGGGGGAAACAUCAGAAAUUCAAUCCAACCUUAUUAUGUCAGGGUCUCUGACUGCCAGUUUGGAAUGCAUCAAAGAAGAGGCACCAAAACCUUUGUCUGAGCCUCAAUAUACCACGGAAGAAAUUAACAUUGAAUUGUCUUGUGAUAAACACAGUGGAGAUGUGCACGCCACGGCAGAGGAGCCUGAAGUUAGAGAUGCUGGGGAAAUGCAGAACAACAAAAGCACACAAGGAGAGAUUCCUGCUGCCGCUGGAAACCAACAUGAGGAGAACCGCCCUGAACUGCCAGAUCCGGGUGUGGAAGAGGUUGGGACUGCGAAGGAUACGGCCAUAACAGGCUGUGGAGAUAUUAUUGCAGACCAGGAGGAUGAAGUGGGCAGCAGCAGUGGCGGCUGUGAGAAGAGCACCCCAGGGGCCAGCAAGCCAGGCACUUCUAAAAAGAACCCAAACAUGGUGGCCUACCAGGGAGGAGGAGAGGAAAUGGCAAGCCCAGACCAAGUGGAUGACACUUACCUUCAGGAGUUCUGGGAUAUGUUAUCACAAACAGAGGAGCAAGUCCAAGAGACCCAGGAAGGAGAAGGAGGAGGGACAAAACCACCUGAGAUCAAAAAAGAGAACAAAUAUGUUGAGGGGGCACAGGAUGGUUCAAUGAUGAAACGCAUUGGUCUCAACCAGAUUCCGAUUCAUCUCAGCCACAAAGAGGAUCAGAAGAACAGGGAAUAUGAGCAGCCAGAGGGCAUCCCAAACAGUGAUGAGGGCUACUGGGAUUCCACUACUCCUGGUCCUGAGGAAGAUAGCAGCAAUAGUGUCCAGAAAGAGAGCAUCCCCAGGGACAGCUACAGUGGUGAUGCCCUCUAUGAUCUUUAUGCUGAUACAGAUGAAAACAUCACAGGGGUGCCUUCUGAUGAAGAAGUCACUUGUGUAUCACGCUCCAAACCUGUGUCUCCAGUAACAACCACAUGCUCACUUAAAACACCUGCAGGUUCAGUCAAGGACUCCAAGAUACCUAUCAGCAUUAAACAUCUUACAUCGCUUCCCACCAGCCACGGAACAGAUGCCAGUAACAGCCAUCACAUUGCACAUCAUCACCCAACCAAAAGUGAGAUUCCCAGAACAAAAAUCCCGGUUUCUAAAGUACUUGUACGCCGGGUCAGUAAUAGGGGUUUAGCUGGAAUGAUGGUUAAAGCCACCACAUUCCAGGACAAUGCCAAAAAGUAGUUGAACAAGAUCUGGAGACAAAGAUGGACAGUGAAUUAGAGGUGGGAAAGUCUUUAUAGGAAAACACUAAUAAAAAUGUUUGCAGCACCUAAAGAAAGGCACCUAAAAGGGCCCCAUAAAUGUAUUCUGGGGGCUAGCACUUCUGAAUCUCUUCUUGAUAUACAGUAUAAAUAAAUACAAAAAUAGUCAGAUUCUUUUCAAGCACUUUUUAAAAUUUGUAUCUUUUUUCUGAAGCACUAAACACUUAGGAGGUCACUUUUACAUGCCUUUGUGGAAGCUGGACUUUGAUUAUGAACGUAAAAUGAGCAUCUCCCCUAAUGCAAAUUAGUGCCAUGAGUUCUUCAAGGGGACAGAAAUACAGAAAGAGAUGAACAACAGGAAUUCUCCAGUACAGUUAGCUUUUACUGUUUUUUUGUUUUUCGUUUUUGCUUAAAUUGAAAAAUGAUGUCUGCUCUACAAUUAUGUGGAAAAAUGCCAAGAAAAAACAAACAACCCAACAGGUAAUUAUUUACCUGAUGUACAUACAGCAGUGCUGGUCAGCAGCAGACUCAACUUAUUUGUGUCCAGGAGCUAAUUAAUGGGUUAGGUGGAUUUCUAUAACUAGAACAGAUAUUUUUGUUUGUUUGUCUGUUUUGUUCUGAAUUUGUUACACUGUAAAUGGACAGCAGAGACAUCUGGCAAAGUUCAAAGGGUUACUUCAAUAUUUGUCUGAUGCAUAAAAAUCAGGGUCAGGGAAGCAUUUUACUAAAAGCCAAUCUAUCCACAACUUUCACAUUUAUACAAUAAAUUACUCUUCAUGUGUAGAUAGAUGCAUAUUUUAGCAGUUUUACUCAAUGCUACAAUUUUUUUAUAUAAAAAUGUCUGUCUGUAUUAUCUAGAGUUUAAGCAAAAGUUAGUUUUUAUAGCUAGAUAAUUUUACAAUUCUGAAAUUAUAGAAUUUCUUUUAAGUCCCUUGAACAAGAGCAAAACUCUGUUUUAUAUGGACUCUUGCUUCCCCAGAAUAACAAGUUUAUUAUGCUGAUUUUAGUAGAGUGACACAUUCAUUGUGCCAGAGUCAAGGUUUUGACAGCAUUGCCAUUGCAAACCUCUAUUUUCAGGGGUUUAUACAAAUAUACGCUGCGCUCAAACCUGGCUGAGAAGAAACCUAGGCUAGAGAUACAUUUUUAAAUUAUUAUUUUUUAAAAUAUAUAAAAUGAGUUUUGGCUGUUUAAAGAAAUUUUUGGAUUUUCAGUUUGUCUUAAUAGCUUCCAAGUGAUUUUACUUUAGGAAAGAAAAGAGACAUGGUAAGGUUAGUGAUCCAGGAAAUAGCUAGACACCCUGUGUGCUAUGAAAAAACUGUUAAUGGCAGAGAUGUGUGUUUUGAAAAGUGGCUCCUGUACAUGGGCAUUGACAACAUUUCAAAGAAAUUUCAUAGGGAUUUUAUGAUGUGCCUAAAGACAUAUUUUCAUGAUAUUCUGAAACAGCUCCAAAGGUCAUUAAAGUCUAUUGGGUAAAUACUAUGCAUUUACAAAAUAUUUUAAAAUCUGUAUUUAGUCAACAGACUGCAAGUGAUAUGGAGGUGUUGUUUCAGUGAAUCUGGAAAUACACAUUUUAAAAAAAAUUAUAAAAAUAUUAUGAAGAGAAUCCUAAAUUUAUGUAAGUGAAUCUUACAUGACAGUUUGCUUUAUCUUCUCCUUUUAAAAAAAAUGAGAUAUACAAAAUAUAAAUUUAAAGAAUAUUAAGGUUGUAACUUGAACUGUGAAAAGCUAGGAAAUACGGUAUUAAGAGCCGAGUUGUUCCUCCAUUUACUUGAGUGCAGCUCCCAUUAGUAUCACUGGGUGUUGCCCAGGUAGCUAAUAAUUGAGUAUGUAGUUUUGAAAUGGUCACUUUACCUAAUACUGAUUUGCGUAACCCCAGUGGUGGGUAUCCAGGAGGAAAAGUUAUCCCUUCCAUUCAAUUUCCUGGCUUUAUUGGUUUGUGUCACAACCUCAAUAUACUUCAAAGAAGUUUAUUUUUAUGUAAUUUCUUCAUAAUAUAUAUGUAUAUGGCUGUAGCCAUGUCCACUCUCACACACAAAUUGUACAUAUGCCUGGAUAGCCGUACAUAUACUGUACAGGCACACAAAUGAACAUGCAUACUCGUACAUACACACACUCAUGCAAACACUACCAGGCAUGUACAUUCCUAUUCACAGACUGAGGUGACAUACAGUAAAUCUAUCUCAAAACUUGUUGGCAAUUAUUUUCUUUGCCUGAGAAAGGGAUUUGCAUUUGACCUGACUCCUCUUGUAUUUUUAGGAGCUAAAGUUCUCAAAAGGAUGAAUGUACAGAGCAUGGAAUUUUAAUCCUAGCCAUAAAAAACUAACAGUCAUUCUGUUUUUUUUUCCCCAUCUGACUGUAAGGAUCAUGUUGUUCUUUUCAUGAUGAUUAUACAGAAAAUUCAUGUUUGCCCAUUUUGUUUUAAGGACAAAUUGUACAGGAUUGUAGAGGGAACUGAAAGUUGAGGUGGAGAGAGGAUGUUGUGAGCUUGUGACAUACUUUAAAGUGAGAAGAGUGGAUAGUAGCAGCUGUACAUCAUUUAAAACACCAGGAGAAAUAACCUACCACCUAUACAGUACUUGUUUGUGGCAAUUUUUCUUCAUAUGCAUUUUGUUUGCACUGUGGCCUGUAUAUAGCAAGAAACAGUAGAAUAAUUUUAGAUUAGUUCCCUCACACUUAUAACUAACAACAACCACCAUUAAAAUAUUUUGCCUUUCCUUCAUUUUCUCUCUGUAUUUCAUUUCCAUCCUUUUUUUACUCCUCUUGCUGCGUGCUGGCUGGCAAAUACAAUCUAAACAGCUACUCUCUCUGGCAAAGAGGUCUGAAGCUUUCACGUGGGAAGCGUGUUCAGGAUGGGAGAGGUACCUGCCUAGCCUCUCUUUUCCCUAUAGUGACUAGGUACUAAUCACUUUCUCAAGCUUUAUGCCCGAUACAUAAUGUAAGUAGGUUUUGCAAACCUGAUAAUGAUUCAUGUGACUGCUUGCAAUGUACAAAGGACAAUCAUAUCCUAAAAAGGAGAAUGGGAAAGUAACUUGUAGUGGGGUUUCAGUAUUCUUGUACCAUAACAAUACAGUGGCAUUGAUUCACGAUUGAGAGCAGUGAUUGUGUGGGAGUAAAGAAACUUAAACACAAGUUAACACUUAAAUGAACUCUACAUUUUUAUUCACAAAAUUCAGAGUCAUUUUAAACCAAUUAUGUUUUUAUUUCAAAAAUUAAUCAUCGGAAAUGUAGUAGUUACCAGGACUUGCUUUUAUGAUAAUAGAAAUAUAUUUGUAUGUUAUAACUUCACACAAGGCUUAAAACAAAGCACUAAAAGGUAGUUCAAAAGGCUUUCUUUAAAUGUACAUUUAAUUCCUUUAAAUCACAUGUAAGGGACACUGACAUACUUAAUGACUGAAAAAUUGAUGACUUUCUGGAUUUAAUGGGUUGAAACAUAAAGAGGUAAUGGUCUUAGAGGCAUUCUGUGGUGAUUUGCAUUCUAAUUUGUGACAUUAUUGUGUUUAAGCAAACGUUUUCAUGGCCUCGGUAGAUAGCAAGGUAGAAAUGAUCUUCCAGGUCCCAAAGAUGCCAUUCUUCUACAUUGUCAUGGUUUUUAGUCCUUAAAGAACACUUUGUUUAGCAUUGUGCUUGGGUUGGUGCUGUAGAAGUUUGACCCUGUACAUAACACAUAAAGAGUUUUAUAGAUCAGGUCUUGGCAUUAAGUAUAUAUACUCUUUGCACUUUCAGGUCACUACUGGUAAAUUUUAUAUGUCCCUAAGAUAUUUCUAUAUAUUGCAUAACAUUUUAUAGUUACCUAUGGUAUCUUCAGUGGUAUGUGUUUCUUUCCUAAAUAACAGCACAGAGGAUCUUCUUUUAGUAGCAUGAUAUGCUGUCUUUUGUGGACUCAUUUUGUCACAAUAGAAGUAAAGUUUGCUGUGCUAUAGGUGUAGUCUGCAACUGAGAUGCUGACAGUAGUAGGAUUUGAACAUAUGCAACAGAUAUAAGAGGAGGCUACACACCUACUAAUAAGGUGAAUCCAUGUUCACUAUUACUCCAUAUCUCAUCAUCAUCUUCCUCAUCCCCUAGGAACAUCCAUGCCACCGUUUAGGCGUUUAUUCUGUGUGUAAACGUAUCCUAUGGAAAUGCAUUCCCUGAUUAUUUUUUAAUGAAUCUCAUUAAAUUAUUUAUCUAGGCUAAAAUAAUAUUGCACCAAAGUCUUCAAAAAAUGUCUGAUUCAGAUGGCAUUUUCAGGAAAGUGCUUAAAGUACAGAUGAGCCAAAUUACCAAGCUUUUGCUUAGCAAAGCAAAACUCUAGUUGGUUUUAAAUUUAUGCCAGAGCUUGCUCCUCAACGGGAGCCAUUGAUUUUGCUAUAUGGCCUCACUCUGAAGCUUUUUUGCCUGCUGUAAUAGAGUGCUUUUUGAAAAGGCUUUUCAUUGUGUUAAUGGUAUGAAGGAGACAGUUCACUGCAACAAUAACCACUUACAAGGCAAAUGGUUAUCUAACAGCAAACAGUAUAGGAUUUUAAGCAAGGUGGUCUGGGAAUUUACUUUCAUGGCCAUUGAUCCGAAAUGCUACUGCUUCUUCUCAACUCUUGGAAAAACAAAGUGAUACCAGCUGAAGGAUGCUGCAGAACUAAGUCUUGGCAGAGAUUAUACAUGACAGUUGCUGCAAUUUUUCUUGUAUUUGUUCAUUCAGCUGACAUAAACUAUUUGUCCCUGCAGAAUAAUACAACAGUUAGUAGUAAGCGCUCCCUAAAUGUGCAUUUCCUUUCUGUUUAAAGGUGAACAUUUCAAGAUCAUACAGAUAGCCAUGCAGUCGUCUAUAUUGGUGUCUUAAUAUUUCCCCUCAUCUAAAUGCAAAACACAUCUUUUCAUAGUUUUUCCAUCUUGCCAAGCAGCCACUCCAGGGCUUGUCCCCCAUGCUCAGCAUGUCCAAAUUGCAGCUAAUACAGUCAUUGCCAUCCUUAAUUUAACUUGUGAUGGCAGACGUGGGACGAGAUCCAUUCAAGUGCCGUAAAUCCUCUGUGCUGUCUGUUGUGUCACUGACUGUGUUUUGUGAUCUGUUAACUGGUAUGUUUUUCCUUUUAACUCUAAUUGCAGUUUCAGUAAAAUCUGUUUUUAGCAAGAACAAGAUGUUGGUUUUGGAUUGUAAGGACCCAAACAGAUUUUUAUUUCUUUGGACUAUGCUACGUUAAAAUGAUCUCCAUUUCAGCAUCAAACCAUUUCAACUGUUUUUUCUAUGCAGACACAGUGUGUCUUUGAGUAUAAUGUGCCCACAAAAGAAAAUUGGUUGUAUCUGCUUUGAAUUAAAUCUGACCUUAGAAUGAAAGAGCUACAAGUCUGAUACCAUUUCUCCAUGAAUGGCAGUAAAUGCAAAGGCCCAGAUAAUCCCUGCCCAUGGAGCACCGUGCAGGAGGGAGGAAAUCACGGUGAGGAUUUACUUGUUGAGGAUGCUCCGCCCCUCCAAUAUGAUCCCAUCACAAGGAAGAGGCAUGUCCCUUGUGGAAGAGACUGUGGGGCUCACUCUCAAAAUGGGCAGAUCUUGGGGGAUCCAUGAGAGGCCGUGAACAUCGGCCCAGAUGCUCUGUGAACCAGCUCUGGCCCCAUGGAGGUCCCCCUUAUCUCCCCAGUGUCUUAGCUUUUCCUCCGUUGGCUGCUCCUGGGACUCACACGUUUUCUUUUCUGUUUAAUUUCUGUGGGAGAGGAGGCCAGAUGAUGUGCAUCUCCUAUGCCCCUGUCCUGCCCACUCCUCCCUCAGCCUACUCCACCACUUUCCAGUAUGGUCUGGAGCUGGGGGGCAUGAUGCAGCAGUAGUGGCUGAACUUCCCUUCCUUGUGGAAGAAAAGAGCACCACACAUGGAGGCUUCCCUCCAUAUGUGGAUUGAGGAGCAUGAGCUGGCUCGUUGUACUGGCACUACAAUUAGUGACAAUAUAUUCACCCAAACUGUGAGCCAAAUCCUGCUAUCCUUGCUCAUGAAAGUACAAUGGAUCUACUGAAGCCAGUGUUAGCAGUAGUAUAUUCUUAGCUGUCUUGUAAAGGGAAUGGAACUGUUUGGGUCAGUAAGGUGGGCAGGAGGUGACACUUUCAUUUAACAUGUAGCUUUAGCACGCCUACUUCCACAGAUCCAGUACUGCUCAAAUAUUUUCUCCUGCAUUUCAACCCUCAUUUUAAAAAAUCUUAUUAAAACAAUGGAGCUAUAUCUGUGACUUCGGUGUGGUCUUCUGCUUAAAAGUGGAUGGAACAAUAUGGCCCAAGAGUUGCAGAAAUGAAGUUGCUAUGUACAUACAUGUAAAAGGUCAUAGAUACAUCAAAUCAAAAUUAUAAUGCAGCUGACAAACUCAGGUAUAUGGCAUUGUUCUGGCAUUGCAGUGUAAACAGUUUCACUCUACUUUUCAAGAGGAACAGUGACAUUAGACUCAGAGUUAAACCAGGGUAAAAUCAGAGUAACUCCAGUGAUCUGGGCCAGACUACAGUACCCUUGCUCCCACUAAAUAACACCUCAUUCCACAAGUAGUCUCCCUGAAGUCAAUGAAACAGUUUGUGGAGUUAUGGUGCUACUCAGUAUGAGUAAAGGAAUCAGAAUCUGGCGCUCUAGAUCUGUGCUAUUGUAUCCAUCAGCAGGAUCUUACUCAGAAGCUCUGCUAGUAUUGAAGCUUGCAGCUUUCUUAAACUAUGGAAUAUGAUGGCUCCUAAAAAUUAUACUGCUGAUGAUGUAAAACACAGAGAAAGUACAGCUACAAUGCUAGAAAAAAUAUUUUUGAUUAUAAAUUAAAAAGGAAAUGAACAAAUUGGUGGGAAGAAAAAUAAACCGAAUAAAAUUGUAAUAAUAUGGAAUGGUGUUAAACUUUCAUCACAGCCAGUCUGGAUUUAUAUAUCAGUAGUGAGACUGGGGAAAAAGUGCGUGAGAGUAUUCAGCACUGCAUCUGACAAAACUGACACUGAAACGUUGUUUCUUACAUGCUGAAUAGGACAGAUUUAACUGUUAUAAAACGCUGUUGUUGUUUUUUUUAACAAGAGACGUUAUACCUGACAUAAUUUUUAAUUGCAGGUUUUCCCAUUAUUAUUUGUGUUGAGCCAUCUCCAGUGAAAUAACAUAUGGUCUGUUCAUAGGGUGACCAGAGGGCAAGGUGAAAAAUUGGGACAGGGGGUAGGGGGUAAUAGGUGCCUAUAUAAGAAAAAGCCCCCAAAAUCUGGACUGUCCCUAUAAAAUUGGGACAUCUGGUCACCCUACCUGUUCAGGAUGAAGAGCAAGAAAAACCAGAACUCCACACUUCAUGUAAUUGAUCAGUUUUCUGAGAAUCUGGUAAACUCACAUUCACCAACUUGGUCUGAGCAGUGAUAGUAAAAACUUAGAAGCUUUCUAGGUGGUAUUUUUAUAGACUGUUAAGAUAUCCACUUCCACUUAAACAAACGUUGAAAAAUACAUCUACUGUUAAAGAACUUAUUUAAAAUAUAACAAAUAGCAAUAGGUGGGUUUUUCCCCAACAGUUAAAUGGGAUAGAUUAAUCAAUGUUAUUUUUUUAAUCUUGUAAAUAUUUAUUUUGGGUACUCUGUAUAUGUAUUGGCACUGAUUCUGGUGUUUGCUUAUGUACCAUUGUGAAUGUUGGUGGUUUUGGUAGUCACCCUUCUAACGAAUGUAAGGAACUCUGACUAACUGCACUUUCCGUCUUUCAUUCAAAAACCUUAACAUGAAAAAUAUAUCCACUGCCAUGUUAUAUGUCAUGAUUAAUGCAAUUAAUAAAUUCAGUUGUUACUUUUCA